UAGUUCGCGAAAAGUAGAAAAUUAAUCUCAAACAUGUACGUAAAAUCGAUCUUUUGAAUCGAUUAUAACUAUCAAGGACAUCACUUUACGGCUAAUGCUAAAAUCAAACUGCUGUCAAGCUGUCAUAUAGCCGUCCGUCAACAUUGUUCCUGCUUCGUGACAUUGAUGAACACUUGAGGAUUUUUUCAUUCGUAAACCACUUUGCUAGUGUGGUUGCGGAAUGUGUGUUUAUAUUUAUAAUGAACCCAAUAAAAUUAUGUCACUGCUGAUUUUAACAUAGAAAACAGUCAGCGUUAAUUUAACAUCGCUAUGUUGAACUUGCACAAAAUUUGGUUAUUAUCAUGUCUGUGUGUUAUUGUUAUGAUUAUUUUAUAUUUUCAAACAGAAAUUACACGUUUGGAGCAAAACUAUCAAAAAUUAGAAUACAAGUUAACACAAAGUCAUUCAAAUUCUCGUCAGUUUUUCCCGAAAACUAUCGAAAAGGAUAACGAUGACUUGGUGGUCAUAUACAACCGCGUACCGAAGACAGGCUCUACUAGUUUCGUUGGUGUGGCCUAUGAUUUGUGCAAAAAGAACCAUUUUAAAGUUUUACACAUUAAUAUUACAGCAAAUAUGCAUGUAAUGUCUCUCAGCAACCAGUAUAAGUUCGCUCAGAAUGUUACAAGAUGGCAGGAAGUAAAGCCAGCACUUUAUCAUGGUCAUAUGGCAUUUUUAAACUUCGAAAGAUUAGGCACAUCCACAAAACCAGUAUUUAUUAAUUUAAUAAGAAAGCCACUAGACAGACUAGUGUCUUAUUAUUAUUUCCUAAGAAAUGGAGACAAUUUUAGACCCCAUUUGGUGCGGAAGAAACAUGGAGACAAAAUGACUUUUGAUGAAUGUGUUGAAAAAAAUCAACCAGAUUGUGACCCUAAUACAAUGUGGCUGCAAGUCCCUUUCUUCUGCGGUCACUCAGCUCAGUGUUGGAAACCAGGAAGUCAGUGGGCGUUGGAGCAAGCAAAACAUAACCUAGUCAAUCAUUAUCUUCUUGUCGGAGUUACAGAAGAAAUGCUAGAUUUCAUAUCAGUUCUAGAAGCGGUUCUGCCUCGAAUAUUCAAAGGUGCUACUGAACAUUACUUGAAUAGUAACAAAUCGCAUCUCAGACAGACAAGCUCCAAAAUAGAUCCGGCUCAAAGGACCAUAGAUAAAAUACAAAAAUCAAUUGUAUGGAAAAUGGAGAAUGAGUUAUACGAGUUCGCGUUAGAACAUUUCAAAUUUUUCCAAAGGAAAGUGUUGAUGAAAGAGACUUUAGGUGUUCCACAGACUUUCUUUUACGAAAAAAUACGACCAAAAUGAUAAUUCAAUUUAUUAUAAGGAAUUUAAAUCAUUCCAGAUGUAAAUAUUAAUGUUAUUUAUUGUUAGUUUUUUUAUUCAAAGUUAAAGGUAAGCACAUUAAAAGACGAAAAGUGAAUUAUUCUGUGCUUGUUAAGUUUAAAAUCUUACUAAGGCCUAAACAUUUUAUUACGUCAUAGUUGCAUUUUAUAAUGAACUUAUUUAGUUAAAUAUACUAAUAUCUUAUUCAUUUUAGUACACAGAUUAAUAGACAAUUUAAGUGUACUAUUUUUUUUUUCAUAAACUGACGCAAAAUUUUGAUAUGCGUAUACGAUUUUAUUGACCAAAAACAUUCGAUUAAUAAGGUGUUUGAAUAAGAAUUCUUAUGAUUUCUUUAAAGGCUGAAUAAUUGAUGAUUAGUUAAUUUUUAAAAAAGAUAAUGUAAAAAUUUAUAAUAUCUAUGGUAAAAAAUACUAGCAAUAAUUUUACAGAUCAAAGACUAGUUAUUGACACUGUAGACCACGACAUUGAGAAUUUAAAAAAAUUAAAACAUGUAUUUUUAUGUGUUACGACCUAAUUAUUUUUUUAUAAGUUAGUUUUAACGAAAAUAUCACAACAAAGCAAUAAAAACUAGAAAAAUGCUUCCUAAAUACUGUAUAAUGCGUUUUAUUAUGUAUAAAAAUAUAUUUGUUUGUUAAUUCGAUAC